CAGAGGAGCUUCCCUUGCCGAGGGUUGAUGGGCCCUUGAGUACGGACUAGUCAUCCGCUGACCGAACUGCUGCUGCUCCCGAUCCGACUUUGCAGCGCCCAUGGAUUCUCCGCCAAACGAUGGGCCCGACGGCUCGUCCCUUAGGCCCGUGUCUUCGCUGCUGGCCAAGUUCGAGAACCUGAACAAGCCCGAUGCCAAUCCGCCGCCAACCGGGGCGAGCUCGCGAACAGUAUCCCCCGUACCGGCGCCCGCGCUAGCACCGAAGCCCUCACGACUGCGCGAGCGGGAUGCGAGCCCGUCGGCGACUCGCGAACCACCGCCCGUCCCCCCGAGCCGUCCACAUGACCGGCUGAACGCCUCCAACGCCAACCAAACGACCGCCGCUACCGGCCUUUCCACGUCCCCCUCGCGCCCUCUCCCGCCGCCGAUCGCUCCCCGCCCCGCGCACCCUCCGUCGCUCACGGUCGAACCGCCACAUUCGCCGCCAAAGAGAGGCGCGGGAUUGCCAACAGGCGACCGCCCUGCCUUCGUCAAUGCCGACUCGCUGAUACAGUCGUCCUCGUCGUCGUCGUCGUCGGCGGCCGCGGCCGCGACCAAGCAAUUUAAGAUACCUAGCCGUCCCCGUACACCCGUCUCCGAACCCCGCGUAUCACCUCGCCUCGCGCCUGCGCAGCCCCCGUCCCCCCCGCCUCCUCGACGGUCCGCGGAACUCAGGCGGGAGCGGGAGAACAGAGAUGCCGCCAGGUCGGCUGUUCCACCCCCGGUCAACCGGGCAGAGAAACCGGCCAUGGGAGCAGCUCGCUUCUCCCUCUUCGCGCAACCCAGCCAGCCCGCCCAGACCCCCAGUCGCCCGAGCGACAAGGUUUCGCCCUUCAGCAGUCCCCCGAGCAGUAAUGGGACCGCCGAAGAAGACACACCUCCCGCGUUGCCCUCGCGACCGAGGGCGAACCCGGAAAGGCCGCAGCGGCCUGGCGCGGUCCAGACAGCCAGCGACCCGUUCGACCCACCACCCCUUCACCCUACGGCAGUCGCUAGGAGGCUGGACAGAGAGAGCGCCAACGGCAAGGCAGGUGGCCCUCUCACGCCGCAGCCCACCGGCGAGCAACCGCCGAAGCUCCCGGCGAGACCCCAGAGCUUUAUCGACUCUUCACGACCCGCAUACGCGACUUCGGCGCCGCCACCGCGGCCGCCCAGGCCAGUGCUGAACACCAGCUACCCUCACGAGAUCGGCGCGGUUGGCGGGGUCGCGCAGAAGCUGGCCGCGUCGACGCCUACUACGCACGCCUCGCCCACGAUUCCCAGGCUUAACGGUAGGUCCCUCAACAUGGGCACGGAUCGUAUGCCGAGCAGGAUCGCCAACGACUUGCGUGCGCCGACCACCACGCCGUCUACGCCCGUCGAGCACCACCGGUCUCUGGACGCGCAAGCGGCAGGCUCCACCAGGAGUGAUGCCCCUGCGCCCAUCACGACGGCCUACCCAGACACGUCCAGGACGAAUCGGAGCAAGCCUUACCUGAGCAAGGGGGUGCACGAGAUCGCCACCAACUACGACAGUCGGGUCUUCGACGUCUGCGGCCCGGUGGUCUGCACCACGGGCACGUAUACAAGGGCCUGGAGCGUUCAGGACGGCGAGCUGCUGAUGAGCCUGGCCAUGGGCGAAGGCAUGAAAGGGACGGCCGUCAUCUUCAAGCCGGGCGAAAACGUGGACGAGGAAGGGAAGCGCAUCUGGGUCGGCAACAAUCACGGCGAGCUCCUGGAGGCGGAUGUCCAGACGCAAGCCAUCCUGAACCAGAGGCCUAACGCCCACGGCCGCUACGAGAUCAUCAAGAUCUACAGGCACUACAACGAGCUGUGGACGCUAGACGAGAGCGGGACGCUGCACGUCUGGGGCCCCGACGAGCGGGGCGUUCCGAACCUGUCGGUGGGCCCCGCGCAAUCGUUCCGUGUGCCAAGGGGGCACACGUUUUCGAUGGUCGUAGGAGACGAACUGUGGCACGCGACGGGCAAGGAGAUACGGGUUUUCCUGCCGACCCUCGACGGGAGGACGCAGUUCCAAGUGCUGAUCCGGGCGCUCGUCCAGGACAGCGCCGGCGAGGUGACGUCCGGAACGAUCCUCACGACCGACGCGGACAGGGUCUACUUUGGGCACAGCGACGGGAAAGUGAGCAUCUACUCGAGGAGCGACUACUCUUGCCUCGGGGUGAUGAACGUCAGCCAGUACAAGAUCAACUCGCUGGUCGGCGUGGGCCGGUACUUGUGGGCCGGGUUCAACACGGGCAGGAUGAUGGUGUUCGACAUGGAGCAGACGCCGUGGCUCCUCAAGAAGGACUGGCAGGCGCACAAGAACCCCGUCGUCGGGAUCGUGGCCGACCGGUCGAGCUUCUACAAGCUCGACCUCUCGCAGGUGGUGUCGCUGGGCGCCGACAACGUGCUGCGCACCUGGGACGGGCUCCUGCAGGAAGACUGGCUCGAGAGCGAGAUGAAGCUCAAGGACGUCGAGUACUGCACGUUUGAGAAGAUCGGGGUGCUGGUGCUCACGUGGAACGCGGGCGCGUCGACGCCGCACAGCCUGCGCUACUCGGAGGCGGACGCGACCUUCAUCCGGGACCUGCUGCAGAGCAGCGGCUCGCCCGACAUACUCGUCUUCGGGUUCCAGGAGCUGGUGGACCUGGAGGACAAGACGGCGACGGCGAAGCGGUUCCUCAAGCCCAAGAAGAAGGAGGGCUCGGACCAGGAGCGGAUGAGCCACCAGUACCGCGACUGGCGCAACUUCCUGGCGCAGAGCCUGGACGACUACAUGUCGGGCGACGUGCUCUACCAGAUCCUGCACACGGCGCCGCUGGUCGGCCUCUUCACGUGCAUCUUCGUCAAGGCCGACCUCCGGGAGCGCAUCAGCAACCUGAGCAGCGCCGAGGUCAAGCGGGGCAUGGGCGGGCUGCACGGCAACAAGGGGGCCAUCGUGGUGCGCUUCAUGGUGGACCACACGUCGCUCUGCUUCGUCAACUGCCACCUGGCGGCGGGCCAGGGGUCGGCCAACGCGCGGCACAACGACAUCGCGGCGAUCCUGGAGGCGCAGCUGCUGCCGCCGCAGCGGGACCCGGGCGUGCGGAUCGACAGCUUCGUCGGGGGCGGCGACGGGUCCAUGAUCCUGGACCACGAGCUCUGCCUGCUCAACGGGGACCUCAACUACCGCAUCGACACCAUGAGCCGCGACACGGUGGUGGCGGCGGUCAAGGCGGGCAACCUGGCCAAGCUGCUGGAGCGCGACCAGCUGCUGGUGGCGCGGCGGCGGAACCCGGGCUUCCGGCUGCGCGCGUUCGAGGAGCGGCCGAUCGAGUUCGCGCCGACGUACAAGUACGACGUCGGGACCGACAACUACGACACGAGCGAGAAGCGCCGCAGCCCGGCCUGGUGCGACCGGCUGCUGUACCGCUGCGGCGGCGGGCGCGGCCGCAUCGAGCAGCUCGACUACCGCCGCCACGAGGUGCGCGUCUCGGACCACCGGCCCGUCAGCGGCCGCUUCCGGUUCGAGGUCAAGCGGAUCGACCCCAAGCGCCGGGCGGUCGCCUGGAUGGAGUGCCAGCAGCGCUGGGAGGACCGCAGGGGAAGAGAAGGGCAGGAAGAGAAGUGAGUUCUACAUAUAUAUAUUUGGUCUUUUUGGUUUUUUUGGUCUUCCUUUUGUUUUCGAUUCCUUCAUUUCGUCUUCCAUUCCUUCGUCCGAAUGGUGACUGACUACUAACCGUCUACCGCGAAUAU